AUGUUCAGCACGAAUGUUCUACGACUGGUGUUCAGUGCUCUGCUUAUUGCGCAUUGCCUGUUACAUUUGAAACAGAUUAACUGCGCAGAAUUACCAUCAGAAUGGCGACAUCGAAUUCACCCAUCGGUCAGCGAAUCGGAAGAAGCACUGACCAGAGCCGAUAUUAUCUGGGAAGAUGCAGCCACACCGGGAUACCCGAUGUUGGCCGCAGAGGAACCGGGAAGCGGUCACAUUGUGUCGGGUAGCAAUUACUGGCCUAACAGCGGACAGUGCAUUCCAUAUCGUCUACACCCGGCAUUCGACGAAGAAACCAAGCAGCGUAUCCGUAACGCCAUGAACACCAUCGAGCGACGCACAGAUCACUGCUUGUCUUUCAAGAUCCAAACGGAGGAAACCGAAUACAUAUCUAUCGUUCCCGCUGGGCGAGGGUGCAUGUCGCACGUCGGUAUAAUACCUGGACGAACAACGGAAAUCCGACUGGGAAGCGGCUGUAUGAAAGACGGAAUCAUUCUGCACGAACUUCUGCAUGCGCUCGGCUUCUACCACGAACAGAACCGACCUGACCGUGAUGAGUUCGUCCAAGUAUUCACCGAAAACAUUCAGCCCAACAUGUACGAACUGAACUACGGUAUCUUGCCACAUAUGCCCACCCACGGUCUCCAGUACGACUACGAAUCCAUUCUGCACCAUGCAGCGUGGAAUUUCGCCAAGAGCCGCGACAAACCGGCCAUCAUUCCCAAGAUUCGUUCGCCCGUGAGAAUGGGUCAGCGCAAAUAGCUGAGCGCCCUGGAUGUCGCGAAGCUACAGAAGGCUUACGGUUGUAUCGAUGACAACUUUGAAAGAGUGGAGCGGAGAUCGCAGUUGCACUGCGACGGGAACAGCAACACUGGAAACCAGGCUACCAGACAACAAUUGUUAGUGAUAGCGCAAAUACUGUUUCGACAACUACGGCGGCAACCGCUGCAACUUCGAAGAAAAGUCCAGCGACGAUACAUUUCUCAGACCUAAUGUGGACGAUGAUGGAAAUGUCCGACACCGGUGUCAACAAUAUCCAA